AUGGCAGUAUCAGACGAUAGUCGAGAUAACUCGCCUGUGACCUACGAGCCCGUGGUUCCUACGGAUCUCACCCGUGGCUCUUAUCACAGUGCAAUGGGCCCUCUACCACAGCACACCGUGCGAGAGACUCGCAGUGGUUCUGAUACGAGCAAUGCCUCGCUCAAGAGUCCGCGCACUGCUCGAUUCGCUGAGGCCACAUCAAUCCACUCUCCCAUCGAUCGCACAGAAGCUGGACGAUCACCUUUCGCCGAUCCUCCCAAGACUCAGACAACGGGAGAUGUUGGAGAUGUGGGAUUCGGUUACGUGGCAGCGAACAGUGCUGCUCAGCAUGCGGAUGACCAGGUGCCAAUGUCACCUUUCCGACCUGACCUGAAGGUACCGCAGACUGCCAAGUCAUUGAACCCGCUCAGUCCAACUUUCCGUGAGGAAUACAUGCUUGAGAAGCAAGAAAAGAAGGCCGAAGUCGAGAAUGCCCGAGACCUGAGAAUCAAACUCCGCGUUCGGAUCGCCAAGGUCUUCCUACGUUUUGUCAACUUCGGCUGCAGUCUGAUUGUGUUGUCUCUGCUAGCCGUGACAUUGACUGUCUUCAACGCAACUAAACACCUCCCCACUCGUAACAACCUUCCUGCCUGGGCAGAGGGCACCAACCCUUGGGCUCAAUACCUUCUUCUGGGCAUGGCUUGCGUUUCCUUGGUCGCUUGUCUACUCGUCUUCUAUGCCUACCGAAAGGGUGGACACGGACGCGCCGAAAAAGCCGCCGUCUACUACACCGGCUUCUCGAUCGCCUUUUUUGCCGUGAACCUGAUCAUGUGGAUCGUCGGCGCAGCAGUCUACCAGCACUCCAAGGCCACAGGAAACAACAAAGACAUGUGGGGAUGGUCCUGUGUGCAGAACACCCGCGAACAGAUCUACCACAACAGCGUCGACUAUGCUCUCCUCUGUCGUCUACAAGACUGGGGCCUGGUCUGCGCCAUCAUCGAAGUCGUCAUUGAAGUCCUAGUCAUCCUGAUCUACGUCGUAGUCUUCUACCGUGUCUGGAGUAAGCGCAAGCUGAUGAAGUCCAUGGACACCCGCGACAACGCCCGUUCAGAUCUAUACCUCGCCCAGCUGCGUCUGCAAUCCGCCCCCAACACCCCCGGCUUCGCAGGCUUCACUUCCUAUCCUCCCAAGAGCCCCUUCUACGCCGCCGGUCCCGUGGACCCCUACUCGAGCGCCGAAAAGGGCAUGGCUCAACCCCAGGUUACCCAGUAUGCCUCGCCGCGUUCGCCUACCCGCCCUACCCCAUCCUUCCAGCUCCAGCCCCCUCCUAUCAAGGUCCAACAGGCAACCCCUCAAUCUGCACAAGAGGAGUUUGCUCCUCCUGCUCGUUACUCACCGCCGCCUCCUCACAGUCAGCGCCAGAGUCAGCCUGUGAGUAGAGGUAGUGCUCCCGGUGAGCGCACUUACGACUCCGUGCCGAUUCCUGGAGCUUAUCAAAGUCCCAUGGUGCCGGUGUUCCCACCCCCUGUACGCAAGUAA